AUGCUCAGAAGACAAAUCCGAGAACGUCGGCAAUAUGUAUACGCAAAAUCACUGGAGGCCCAGGAACGGCAAACAUAUGAACGAAAACAGCAACUGAAGGAAAGUCUAGCCAGUGGAAAGGCCUUGCCGACGGAACUGAAGAAGAGUGCAAAGAGUCUGGGGAAAGAUCUUAUGUUCGACGAGGCUCAGGCUGGUGCAUCGCUUUCCCGUCUUCUGUUGUUAGCACUCUUAACACAGUCUCGUACAGAACCAACAACUCACAUCGACAACGAGUACUCUCGCGCUGGUGUGCAGGAUCCCAAAAUUGUUAUAACAACUUCAAGAGAUCCCAGCUCAAAACUUCUUCAGUUUUCCAAGGAACUGAGGCUUGUUUUUCCCAAUUCGCAUCGAAUCAACCGAGGAAACUAUGUUGUGAAAGAGCUGGCAGAUGCUUGCAGAGCCAACGACGUCUCAGACCUCAUUGUCGUUCAUGAGCAUCGUGGAAUACCAGACGCCCUCAUAGUAUCGCACUUCCCUCAUGGCCCAACUGUCUACUUCACCCUCAACAAUGUCGCUUUACGACAUGAUAUCAGCACAUAUAAAAACACGACGGUCUCUGAACAAUACCCGCAUCUUAUAUUUGAAAACUUUAGUUCUACCCUCGGCGAACGUAUCCGCGAUGUUCUAAAGUUUCUCUUCCCAGUCCCCAAGGAAGACAGCAAGCGAGUCAUGACUUUUGCAAACCAAGACGAUUUUGUUUCUUUUCGGCAUCACGUUUUCGUCAAAACUGGACGUGAAGUGCAAUUAGCAGAAGUCGGGCCUCGAUUUGACAUGAGACCGUAUGAAAUUCGGCAAGGAACUAUUGAGCAAACAGAGGCAGAGCGAGAAUGGGUACUCAGUCACUAUACGCGUACUGCAAAGAAACGCAGUGUUCUUUCAGACUCUCGAUUCUCAGAACCACCUACAAAGAAAGUGAGACGGUGA